UUCGCGCCAUUCAGUUAACCUUGAACGCGGCCGAAAGGCGGCCAUAUGUAAAAAAAAAGCAAAAAAGCGGGAAAGAAAAAAACAUGGCGUCGAAAUUAAUAUAUUUAUCGAUUCUUUUGCUGUUUUCUACGCAAGUUCAGAGUGUUACUUUGUUAGAAAAAGGCUAUGAUUAUUUUGUGAAUUUAGGCAAGAGUUUGGCACCGAAUUUGUUGUCCAUGUUGGAGUGUGUGGGUCAGAAUGAAGCUUGGGAGUGUGCUAGGGAGAAGGCGGGGAAGAUGUUAGACGGCUUUGAAGAAGAAGUGGAGAAGGAACGGAGAAGUUGGGAAGAGGCAGCUGAUGCUGAGAUCAGGACUUCAGGGCGCUCCCUGGAGGAGAUGCCUUCAGCGAUCGGCCGAGAGAUCACCGACUCCAUAGGCAGCGUGUUGGGACGAGGGAUGGCCAGGGCACUCGGCAAAAAACACGACAGCGGCGGCGGCAUAGACAGCAUCACAAUCUCAACAGGCGGAGACAAAAAGAAAAUGAAGAAGAAGAAGACCAAACCACCUAAGAUCCACCUCAUCCAUCCAGUCAUGAUGCCUCUUCGGAAGGCUCCGAAAGAAGAGAAAGGUCGUUCCUUCGGCCCUGGAGUGCAAUCCUGGGUGAUAGGCGAAAGGGCGUUACCAGUGCCGGAGAAUGCAACAGAAGUGGCGCGAAGCAUGGUGGAUGAUGUGUGGGCUGUGGGAGAGAAGGCCCUGGAUUCUUUGGCUGAGCAUGUCAUGAAGAAUGAGGAGUUAGAGAACGGGGUUAAGGAUAGGAGCUCGGUUGAAGAACAAAGAGGCAAGAAGAAGAAGAAAAAGAAGGCUAUCCUGAAACUGUUGAUCCUGGGAGCUGUUCUUAAAGCCAAGAUCGGAACCUUGCUGCAAAUUCUUACUUUCAAAUUGCAGGUGAAAUUCUUCAUAGUGGCUGUGUUAGGCUUGGCCAUCAACUUGGCUAGACUCUGGAUAGACUUGAAGAACAAGCAUAGCCAGCAACCACAGAAGAUAAUCUACUACGAGCAUGCUCAACACCAGCAUCACUACGACCACGAAGAGGAGGAGCACGGCUGGGGACCCUGGUCCAGGAGUAUACUGCCGGAUGACGAGGAAACGGAAGUUGACGCCAGUGAGAUCUCACCUUACAAAGCUCAAGAAAGAAACCCGCUGGCCUAUCCCCGUCCUUAUCUAACGCGAGUGUAAAGUAACUCCAUCUCUUUCACUCCAGUCAUAGAUUAAGAACUUGAUAUGUAAAAUGCGACACUGAUUUGAAACUUCAUCAUCUGGCUGACCUUUUCCCAACUAUGUUGGGGUCGGCUUCCAGUCUAACCGAAUGCAGCUGAGUACCAGUGUUUUACAAGGAGCAACUGCCUAUCUGACCUCCUCAACCCAGUUACCUGGACAUCCCAAUACGCCCUCGUAAAGACUGGUUGUCAAACUAACUGGCUUCUGAUUACCCGUAACGACUGCCACAGAUGUUCAAUGACAGCCGUUGAUAAAUAAUUAUCUAGCCUAGUUACAGUUACAGCCUUUUUAUCGUCGUACUGCUGGGCUGCGGCCUCCUCUCACACGGAGAAGGAUUGAGCAUUAAUCACCACGCUUGCUCAAUGCGGGUUGCUGAUUUCAGACUAUAUAGUCCAGGUUUUCUCAAGAUGUUUUCCUUCACCUUUUUAUCAGCUAUUGAUGUCCAAGUUAUACUUAGAAAAUCUAGCCUAGUAGCAGUUAUGAAAGAAAAUAAAUUAAUACGGCAAUAAAAAUUGCGUUUUUACCGCGUAAUUUUAUAGUAGCAACUGUAUUAAGCGAUAUAUCAAGAAGUGAUUUCUUACUACUCACGGCAUUGAAAUUGAAUUAGUAGAAAGUAAUGCUGGUUUUUAUAGCAUUUUCUCAGAGUAAAGAAACUCAUAAAUUAGUUCACUGUAUAUUUUCUUAUUUAUCAGUUGUUAGUAUGUUUUCUUGAUUAAUUUUAAUGCAAUAUUAAUUGACUACUUGUGCUUGCGAUCUUGGCAUUAUACAUAUUAAUAUAGGUACCUGCUAGUUGAGCAAAAAUUAUUUUUUGUCUGCGAUUUUACUCAUCUGACUUUAUUAUUUAGACUUUCGUAAAAAAAGGAAUUAUGAAUAUUCCUAUAUGUCUAAAGAAGUAUAUUGAAGAGUGUUGUUUGUUGUGUAAGGGUCAUCUCCAAAAUUACUGUUUUCUUAGCUACUACUUAUAACUGUUUCUGAGCAUAAUUUACAGAGUAUUUUCUACGCCUAUUAAUAUGCCCUUGAAACUAUAGACUUGACUGUACCUAAAAAAAUAUAUGUAGAAAUACCUAUUUAAUUUUCAAAAUGAUCGCACGCAAGUAGUCAAGUGUUGCCAACAAAAGGUCAGUGUUGCAAGCGUAAUAAAUACAGUAAUACCUAAGAGUUAAGUGUAAUUAUAAGUAAGGCAUUAUUAAUUAAGUUGAGGCCAUAGUAUGACUGUUAUUUAUUGUAUGUUUGUGUGUGUAUGCCUUUAUUUAUUUUAAUAUUAUGAAUAAAAAUAUUUUUUU